GCGGGCGCGCUCUCGAGAGGGCUGGAAUUGUGGCAGUGGCUGCGCGGCAAUGGGGAGCGGCGGCGUAAUCCACUGUAGGUGUGCCAAAUGUUUCUGUUACCCUACAAAACGAAGAAUAAGGAGGAGACCGCAAUACCUAUCAAUCUUAAGUCUACCAGAAGAUGUGCUCUUUCAUAUCCUAAAGUGGCUUUCUGUAGGAGACAUCCUUGCUGUCCGAGCUGUACACUCCCACCUGAAGUACCUGGUGGAUAACCAUGCCAGUGUUUGGGCAUGUGCCAGCUUCCAGGAUCUGUGGCCUUCUCCAAAGAACCUGAAGCUCUUUGAAAGGGCUGCUGAAAAGGGAAAUUUUGAAGCUGCUGUGAAGCUUGGCAUAGCCUACCUCUACAAUGAAGGCCUGUCUGUCUCUGAUGAGGCCCGAGCAGAAGUGAAUGGUCUGAAGGCCUCUCGCUUCUUCAGUCUGGCCGAGCGGCUGAAUGUGGCUGCCUCACCUUUUAUCUGGCUUUUCAUCCGCCCGCCUUGGUCUGUGUCUGGAAGCUGUUGCAAGGCUGUGGUCCAUGAGAGUCUCAGGGCAGAGUGUCAGCUACAGAGAACUCAUAAAGCAUCCAUACUGCACUGCUUAGGAAGAGUACUGAAUCUUUUUGAGGAUGAAGAGAAAAAGAAUCAGGCCCAUGACCUGUUCGAAGAGUCUGCUCGUCAGGGAUGCUUAGCCAGCUCGUACCUCCUCUGGGAAAGUGACAGAAAAACAGAUAUGUCAGAUCCUGGACGAUGCCUCCAUAGCUUCCGGAAACUCAGGGACUACGCUGCCAAAGGCUGCUGGGAAGCACAGCUGGCUUUAGCCAAAGCCUGUGCAAAUGGAAACCAGCUUGGACUAGAAGCAAAAGCCUGCAAUGAUGUAGUCUGUCAGUUGUUCCAGGGCUCCCAAGCUGUCAAUAAGCAGCAGAUCUUCGCUGUGCAGAAGGGACUCAAUGACACAAUGAGGUACAUUCUGAUUGACUGGCUGGUAGAAGUUGCCACCAUGAAGGACUUCACAAGUCUGUGCCUUCACCUGACAGUGGAAUGUGUGGACCGGUAUCUGAGGAGGAGGCUGGUGCCCCGGUACAAGCUCCAGCUGCUGGGCAUCGCCUGCAUGGUCAUCUGUACCCGGUUUGUCAGUAAAGAGAUUCUGACGAUUCGAGAGGCUGUGUGGCUCACAGACAACACAUAUAGGUACGAGGACCUGGUGAGAAUGAUGGGAGAGAUCGUCUCCGCCCUGGAAGGGAAGAUUCGAAUCCCCACUGUGGUCGACUACAAAGAAGUCCUGCUGACACUGGUCCCUGUGGCACCCAGAACUCAGCACCUGUGCAGCUUCCUCUGUGAACUCUCUCUGCUUCACACCAGCCUGUCUGCCUACACCCCAGCCCACCUGGCCUCUGCAGCCCUGCUUCUGGCCAGAGUGAUGCAUGGGCAAACACAGCCCUGGACCACUCAACUAUGGGACCUCACUGGGUUCUCCUGUGAAGACCUCAUGCCCUGCGUCUUGAACCUACAUAAAAAGUGCUUCCAUGAUGAUGCCCCCAAGGACUACCGGCAGGUCUCUCUGACUGCCGUGAAGCAACGAUUUGAGGACAAGCGCUAUGAAGAAAUCAACCAGGAAAAGGUGCUGAGCUACAGCCAGUUGUGUACAGCACUGGGAGUGAAAGAAAGCCCAGAGCCCACAGCUUUCCUCAGUUCAGGGGAGAUCUGCCCUUUCCUCAGCUCUCCCUCUGGGAGGAGAACAAAGCGGAAGCGGGAAAACAGCAUCCAGGAGGACCGAGGCAGCUUUGUCACCACACCUACUGCCGAGUUGUCCAGCCAGGAGGAGACACUACUGGGCAGCUUCCUGGACUGGAGUCUAGACUGCUGCUCUGGCUAUGAGGGUGACCAAGAGAGUGAGGGCGAAAAGGAGGGUGAUGUGACCACUCCCAGUGGUGUCCUCGAUGUCACUGUGGUCUACCUAAACCCAGAACAACACUGCUGCCAGGAAUCAAGUGAUGAAGAGGCCUACCCAGAGGAUGAGGGACACCAGGCACCAGGCACCCAGACACCUCCAAUGUCAGGGCCCAGGCCACUUCUCUGCAAGAGGAAGCCCAGCAAAGAUGUCACAACCUCAGGGUACUCCUCGAGUCCCACAAACUCUGUGGAUGGCAGCUCAGGAGACCCUCCACAAUCUACCUCAGUGCUGUCCCUGGGCAGCGACUCAAACACACAUCCCUGCCACCAUCAGUCCAAGAAGUCAUGUUUACAGUGUCGUCCCCCAAAUCCCUCAGAGAAUAUUCUUCCCCAGCAACAAGUGAAACGGCAAAAUCUGUCUACGCACAGUGAUGAGGACAUGAACUUGGGCUUCCUGAAGCUGUGAGUGUGUGUUAGGGUGUCUGUUGCAGUGAAUGUUUACCAAGGAGGGCUACUGUUCUGCUACAACAGAAGGAGGUACUGCAGGAGGGAACUGUAUAGAUCUGGGUCAGUUCUACAAAACAGAGGGGUAACUUGUAAGUAUCAAGUUUAUUUCUCUAAGGAAUUCCUGUGCAGGCCCUUAGAACGUCAUAUCAAUGUGAAAAGCUCAACUCCUCUUUGGAAUAUUUCACCUCAAAGCAGUCAUACCAUGCCAAGUGAAGCCUACAUCCCGUACCCGCUGUUACCCACUGUCUUAAAAAAUCAAGCCCUUAUUCUGGUCUUCUCAGCCCCACUGAGCUCCAUGCCAGGAGCUGAGAGCUUUCACACAAACACAUGUGACCUAUGUAGGCUGGUGCAGCUUGAGUCCCUAGCCAGCAUCUUUCUCGUUUGGGGCCUCAGUGGUACUGACCACUGUAUGUUCACCCACCAUGGCAUGCACCAGAUAUCCCCCCCCACUUGUGGGCCAGCAACCUCGUGGAGAGGGAACCUGUGUCCUUGCACAUCUGUGUAGAUUAUGCCAUGACUACCAGGUGUGGGAACUGUUCCCUCCCUCUCUCCCUCCAGGAGUGUUUGUCUCUGUCCCUGUGGUGUCCAUAUAAACAUUUCUCUUUGCACUGAAUUUCUGGGCCAUACUUUCCCCUUUAUUUCUAGAUUCUUCCAAGAUGAGAAGAAAGUUAACAUUUAAAAUAGGCAGUGUUAAGAGACUGCCAGCAUUAUUUAGGCUUAACUGAAAAAAAAAUCUAACACCAGCCUCUCCCAUGUUAUGGUGGUAACUUUUCUCUACUUUUGUUUGU